UUGGGAUACUUUAUAUUAUCCAUUGUUAAUUAAUCCAUUUCAAGUUAAAUAAGUAUAGUUUAAAUAAGAAAAAAUUACAUUUCUUUUCAUGUGUUUUUAAGAGCACAUGGUGUUCCGUGGCAUGGCAAAUGUCUCCAAACUCCAACCAUCCUCCAUGUUUAAUUCUUUGUUUAUUAGAUUUGUUCAAGCUUCUUUUUAAAUAGUUUGGGAUUAAAUUGUACCCAAAAGAAGUUCCACAAAAACGGCUGCACAUAUGAAGAUGAAAUUGGUAGACCAAGUGGUGCGGAGUUUCCGCGUUGCAAAGGUUUUUCGAGAAAAUACAGACAAAAUAAACAGCAUCGAUUUCUCGCCGACCGGAGAGACUCUGAUCUCAUGCAGUGAGGACGACCAAAUUGUUAUAUACGACUGCGAGAAAGGAACCCAAAUACGAACUGUUAACAGCAAGAAAUACGGAGUAGAUCUUAUACAUUUUACCCACGCAAAAAACACUGCCAUUCAUAGUUCAACUAAAGUCGAUGACACGAUUCGAUAUCUAUCCCUACACGACAAUAAAUAUAUUAGGUAUUUUCCGGGGCACACCAAAAAAGUCGUAUCACUUUGUUUAUCUCCUGUAGAGGAUACAUUUUUGUCUGGAUCAUUGGAUAAAACGCUCAGAUUGUGGGACUUGAGAUCAGCAAAUUGCCAAGGUUUAAUGCAUUUAUCAGGAAGACCAGUUGCCGCAUAUGAUCCAGAGGGACUGAUUUUUGCUGCAGGUGUUAAUUCAGAAAGUAUAAAACUAUAUGACCUGAGAUCAUUCGAUAAGGGCCCCUUUGUGACAUUCAAACUCACACAAGAAAAAGAAGCUGACUGGACAGGAUUGAAAUUCUCCCGAGAUGGAAAAACUAUCCUUAUUAGUACAAACGGAUCAAUUAUUAGACUGAUUGACGCUUUCCAUGGCACUCCUCUCCAAACUUUCACAGGCCAUCUUAACAACAAGGGUAUUCCUAUUGAGGCAUCUUUCAGUCCGGACUCUCAAUUUAUAUUUAGUGGAUCAACUGAUGGAAGAGUACAUGUUUGGAAUGCAGACACAGGAUAUAAAGUUUGUGUGUUGAAUGCUGACCAUCCAGGCCCAGUACAGUGUGUGCAAUUCAAUCCGAAGUACAUGAUGCUGGCUUCUGCCUGUACAAACAUGGCCUUCUGGCUGCCUGCCAUGGAAGAUACAUAAAAGUAAAAACUUGAAAAAUGUCCAGGAACUAAUGUUAAUUUUUCUUCAAGUGAGAUUAGAUUGUAGUCAGUUGUUCCAAGUUUUACAUGUAAAAUAUUUGUAUAUCCUUCUAACCCUUUCAGCUCCGGUGACGCGUACGCGCGUCCAAAUAUGACUAGAUUAGUGCCGUGGACGCGUAAGCGCGUCCGUGGCACGUACGCGUAAUCGCAUCCAUGGCACGUACGCGUAAGCGCGUCCAUGGCACGUACAUAUUAAAAGAAAAUUAUUUCUGCCGGCACCUGCUCUGAUGUUGGAAAUAUUACAGCGGAGCUUAAAGGGUUAAACAUUGGGGGAAAUAUUUUGCAGUAUUUGUCAUUGGAAAAACAAGUAUAUUGGUAAAUUUUAUGUAAGAAAAUAAGAAAUGAGUACUUCUUUGUGAGUACAAAAUACUCCAGCUUCAACAUAGUAAUUUUUGUAUGUUAUUGUUGUUUUUCUAAUCCUUUUUGCAAACCUUCUUUCUUCCCAUAUCCAGAUUUCUAAAUCACGCUGUGCUAAAUGUUGAUUUAGCCCGGGAAAAGAUACUAAUUUUAUAGAACUGCAAACCAAAUCUAUUUUUAAGGUAAUCGCCCAUUGUCAUUUUUCAUUAUCAAAAUACAGUAGAUAUUGUGAAAUCUUACUACAAAAAGUAAAUCAAAGGUACAUAAAUACAAAAAUUUUAGUUUCAGAGAGUUGAAAAAUAUUAUAUAAUAUGUAGCUUUCAGAUUUACAUAGUUUAGUGACCAGAUCAAGUACACUUGGAAAUCAUUAUAUUUUAAUUUCUUUAAAUUAAAACCCAACUAUAGCAUCAUGUUUUCUCAACAUUCUGUUUUUUGAUUCAUUAGCUUAAGUUGGACCAUAAAAAAGUUAGGUACUUUAACAACUAGCCAUGUUUUUCAUCAAUCAGCGUGUUUUUAAAUAAGUAUAGCAAACUUUUAGGGGUAAUUCUGCAUGAAAUAAUAAUGACUUUGCUUUAUAAUCGGCUUUGUUGGCUUUAUAAUCGUAUGUCCUCAAAUGCUUCGUUUCUGAGAUCGGAGGUGUUGAUAUUUUUCUUACAAACUGACGAUUUAUUUAUUGCUUUAAAACCGGUUGAGAUAUGCAAAUGAAAUUUGGUGGGUUUUAAAACGUAGUUAUUGCACAUUUUUUGACAUACAAUUAAGAAUUUAAUAUUCACCAUUGGCACGCAUACGGGUAAUAUGACCGGUCAUGUUACCCAUAUGCAUGUCAAUGGUGAAUAUAAAAUUCUUAAUUGUGUGCCAAAGAAUGCACAAUAAGUAUCUCUUAAAACCUACCAAUUUUCAUUUGCAUAUUUCGACUGGUUUUAGAGCAAUAAAUAAAUCGUCAGUUUGUAAGAAAAAAUUCAACAUCCCGUAUCUUGGAAACGAAGCAUUUGCGGACAUACGAUUAUAAUUAUAAACCAAACUGUCAUUAUUAUUUCAUGCAGAAUUACCUCUAAAAGUUUGCCAUACUUCUUUAAAAACACGCUGUCAUCAUUCUCUUUGCCUUAUCCCUAUGCGGGGUCGGCUUCCCUAAUUGCAUUUCUCCACACAAUUCUAUCUUGGGCCAUAUCAAUGUUAAUCCCCUUUACCAACAUGUCCUGCCUUAUCGUCUCCCCCCAGGUCUUCUUUGGUCUUCCUCUCCUACUCCUUCCAGGAAUCUGCACUUCAGCUAUUCUUCGUAUUGGGAAACACGCUGUAUUGAUGAAAAACAUGGCUAGUUGUUAAAGUACCAACUUUUUUAUUAUCCAACAUAAGCGAAUGAAUCAAAAAACUAAUUGUUAGGAAAACCUGAGGCUAUAGUUGGGUUUUAAUUCCAGUAUUUUAUAAAUGCUAGAAUAUUCCACAGGGUGAUGCGAACUUUAAGAAAAAACACAGUGUGGCGACACUCUUUAAUUACUAUUUUUGCUAAUUUUAAUUUUUAAUAACUAAUCUCAAAACGAAAUAAUAUGGGUCAUACAUAAUUCACAUUUAAUAUACAAACCAGAUGCUAAGAAGGUCCGUUAAGUUUACGAAACGAAAUGUAACCAGAUGUUUUUGGUGUGUUCAGUUUAACAAACUGAAUUCCCCAUAAAUUAAUUACCUUAUCAGACUUUGGAAAUGCAUUCGAAGACGUUUCUUAAAACUGCAGAAAUGUUUCAACUUUUAAACGCCAGAUCUAAAUAAUUUAUCACCUUGCUGGCCAGAUGGUAGAAACACAAACAUAUUAGCGUUUGUGGCCUUUUUCAGCCACAGAGUCGAGAUACAACCACGGGUCGUUUCACACACUCGCAGCAGGCAUCGGGCGGUCAACAAACCCUCACUGGGCCAAACAAUCAAACCCUUUUACGAGAUGAAUAAGCACGACUUUUAACCAAAAAAUAAAUAAAUAUAUUAUUGUUCGUUGUUUACACUUAUUUUAAUUAAUUACAUUUACUCAAUUCCGCAGCACGGAACAAUUUAAUUAAUUCCAUUUACUCAAUUCCGCAGCACGGAACAACAGUUUGAUUCGUACACUCGGUAUACAAUGAAAAUUUACCUGUUUAGCAACAAUAUUAUUAUAGCGAUAUUGUUAAAGAAUAAAAAGUCACUUAAAUUGGACAACAGGUUUAGGAAAUUCUAGACAUCAAAAAUUACCAAAUUUUUAAGUGGGUCGAUUUCUAGCACGCUAGUUUUAUAUUUAACCGACAUUGGUUAUCUUUAUGAUAGAUCGGGGCAGGGCCCUUGAUUUUCCACUUAUGUUUGAGCUGCUGUAUAGUAUUUUUACUACAAAAACGUUAUUACGUAGGUGAAAAUUUUUGACGUAAGAGAACUGUCAAAACAUUAGAAUGUGACUUUUCAUUAUUGGCAUGUUUAUAGUAAACAUGGCGAUAAUGAAAAGUCACAAUCUAAUGUUUUGACAGUUCUCUUACGUCAAAAAUUUUGACCUACGUAAUAACGUUUUUGUAGUAAAAAUACUAUAGCUAGAUAGUCUGAUGCGUAGGUAGACAUUUAAACUCCAUCAGUUAUAUUAUUUGCUCUUCCAGCUCCAAUUUACAUUUUAAUAGAUUAGCUGUUAUAACCACGCAUUUUUUCGUUUUUGGGGAAAUUAACGUUUUAGUAACAUUCACUUAAGGCUGUAUGACACUAUGCAUUUUCUUGUAUCAUUUCUAAUAUCGUUUGUUGUAUACAUUUUCUUGUAUCAUUUCUUGUACGUACAUUUGUGCCCUGUAUGACACUAUGCAAGUUCUUGUAUCGAAAACUGUAUGAAAUUCGGCACGUGAUUGGUCGAAAUUUUGUUUGUCACCCUGUCACGUUACAUUGGUAUGGUAGUACUGCGUCUACAGCUGAUUUUAAGGAUUUUAUAAAAUUUAUAAACUUUUAAAAACAAAUAUUUUAAUGUUAUAAUAACUAGAAUUUUUACGUUGACUGUUGAUUAUUUGUGUUUUUUAUUUUGUUUUGAUAUUUGUGCUAAAAUAUUUGCAUUAUAAUUAUCUUCAGUUUGAUCCAAAUUGGAACUGUUGUAUUUUCCUCUAUUAAAAAAUUAUGCAAUAUGAAACCCAAAGUUAUUCUAAAUAUAUGGUUAUUAGUAGAACAGUAGUCCAUACCAAACGGUAUAUUAAGUAUCAAUAAAAUAUUUAUAAAUAAUACCUACAAAACACAAAUAAAUUAAUCAAGACAUAAAUCAUAUGAUCUCAUUUUCAGCCGCCAUUAUGACAUUUAGAAGUUUUACCAGCAGGUUUUACGUUUUUGCUCUUUGCGCAGAAAUUGGCGCAGUUAUUGUACAAGAAUCUGUGCCUGACACAAAUUCUUGUAUCGUUUCUGAUAUCGUUUCUUGUAUCUGUGUAUGACACUAUACAUUUUUUUGACAUCAGAAACGAUAUUAGAAAUGAUACAAGAAAAUGCAUAGUGUCAUACAGCCUUUAUAAAAUAUAGACGGAGAGGCAGCGCUGAAAAAUCUUGAAUUUACCAAAGCUAAAUUUUUCACAGUUCAUUACUGUGAUUGGUGUAGAGAAACAUACUGCGGUCGGUGAAGCGAAACGUAGAACAGGGGUUACUGAGAGGGUAUCAAAGUUGCUUUCCUACGAAGGUAAUUAAAUCCAUUUACUAAGGCUGAAAAUCAGUACACACAUUCUAAAUUGAAUAUAAAUAAAAGUUAUUAUAGUCGGUCAGCUGUAUGACGGGACAGCCGCUCGGUCGGCCCCAAUGAAUGUACAGGGUUAUUCACUAUAUUUUGAUCCCCUUGUAAACUGCUUUAUUUACAGAAUUAGAAAAAAUGUAAAAUACAAAAGUUAUUCGAUUUUUUAAUUAUGAUUUUUUGACAUAUAUAUCGUACUAGUGACGUCAUCCAUCUGGGCGUGAUGACGUAAUCGACAAUUUUUUUAAAUGAGAAUAGGGGUCGUGUGUUAGCUCAUUUGAAAGGUUAUUCAAUUCUCUAUACAGUACUAUAAACAUUAAGAUAAUUAUUUAUACAGGGUGUCCAAAAAAGUUUUUGAAUUAUUAAUUAAACAAUUAAUUUAAUUAAAAAAAAAUUUUUGACACCCUGUAUAAUUAAUCAUGUUAAUGUUUAUAUUACUGAAUAGGGAAUUGAAUAACCUUUCAAAUGAGCUAGCACUCGACCCCUGUUCCCAUUUAAAAAAAAAUAGUCGAUUACGUCAUCACGCCCAAAUGGAUGACAUCACUAGUACGAUAUAUAUGUCAAAAAAUCAUAAUUUAAAAAUCGAAUAACUUUUGUAUUUUACAUUUUUUUCUAAUUCUGUAAAUAAAGCAGUUUACAGGGGGGUCAAAAUAUAGUGAAUAACCCUGUACAUUCACUGGGGCCGACCGACCGGCUCUGUCCCGUCAUACAGCUGACCGACUAUAAUAACUUUUAUUUAUAUUCAAUUUAGAAUGUGUGUACUGAUUUUCAGCCUUAGUAAAUGGAUUUAAUUACCUUCGUAGGAAAGCAACUUUGAUACCCUCUCAGUAACCCCUGUUCUAAGUUUCGUUUCACCGACCGCAGUAUGUUUCUCUACACAAUCACAGUAAUCAACUGUGAAAAAUCUAGCAUUAGUAAAUUCAAAGAGAUUUUUCAGCGCUGCCUCUUGGGCUAAUAUGGCACGUUGUGAAAGUUUGAAAACUAAAAUUGUUGAUAUAUUUACACAAUUUUCCAAAUCGACACCAUUGUACUGUCUCUCACUUUCUACUGGCAAAUAACUGGCAUUAGAAAUGAAUAAUAUGGCGAUAUUGCAAAAAGUAUUUUGUUUUCCAAUGAUAAAAAAGGGCUGCGAUUGCAAUUAAUUUUGAGGUACUAUGAAUGAAAAUUUAAGAUGAAAACUGUAAAAUGUAUUUUAACUGUUAAAAUACGUUUAGAUUAGUUUUUAGACUUGGUAUUUAUUCUCUUCGUUGCAGAUAAGUACUUUUUUUGUGUAUAUAGAAAUAAUUUAGUAAAUUUUUUACUGCACCUUUAUAUAUAAUUUGAAUAAAAUAGUAAUUUCUAUUUUUUUAA